AGCCUCGCCCUUGGGAUCUGCUGACGCUUCCUUUCGGCCCAGGUGCUGGGGUGAGGUGCCAAAGGUUUCCUAUAAAGCCCCAGGGCUCUGGCCGGUGGCCACUCGCUGAGCUCGCAGACCCGCCCGGACCACCAUGGUGAGGCUGGCGCUGCCCAACCCUGGCCUGGAGGCCCGGAUCCCAUCGCUGGGCGAGCUGGAGCGCAUCGAGCGGGAGGAGAGCAGCUCGCGGCCCAAGUGGGACAACAAGGCGCAGUACAUGCUGACCUGCGUGGGCUUCUGCGUGGGCCUGGGCAACGUGUGGCGCUUCCCCUACCUGUGCCAGAGCCACGGCGGAGGAGCGUUCAUGAUUCCGUUCCUCAUCCUGCUGGUCCUGGAGGGGAUCCCGCUGCUGCACCUGGAGUUCGCCAUCGGGCAGCGGCUGCGCAAGGGCAGCGUGGGCGUCUGGAGCGCCAUCCACCCAGCCCUCAAGGGCGUAGGCAUCGCGUCCAUGUUCGUGUCCUUCAUGGUGGGCCUCUAUUACAACACCAUCAUCGCCUGGGUCAUGUGGUACUUCUUCAACUCCUUCCAGGAGCCCCUGCCCUGGAGCCAGUGUCCGCUCAAUGCCAACCAGACAGGUUACGUGGACGAGUGUGCCCGCAGCUCCUCUGUGGACUACUUCUGGUACCGCGAGACCCUCAACAUCUCCACCUCCAUCGAUGACUCGGGCUCCGUGCAGUGGUGGAUCCUGCUGGCCCUGACGUGUGCCUGGAGCGUGCUCUACGUGUGCACCAUCCGGGGCAUCGAGACCACAGGGAAGGCCGUGUACAUCACAUCCACGCUGCCCUACGUCGUCCUGACCAUCUUUCUCAUCCGGGGCCUGACGCUGAAGGGAGCCACCAACGGCAUCGUCUUCCUCUUCACGCCCAAUGUCACGGAGCUGGCCAACCCGGUCACCUGGCUGGACGCAGGGGCCCAAGUCUUCUACUCCUUCUCCCUGGCCUUCGGGGGCCUCAUCUCCUUCUCCAGCUACAACCCUGUCCACAACAACUGCGAGAUGGACUCGGUCAUCGUGUCUCUGAUCAACGGCUUCACGUCCGUGUAUGCGGCCACCGUGGUCUACUCCAUCAUUGGCUUCCGCGCCACCGAACGUUACGACGACUGCUUCAGCACGAACAUCCUGACGCUCAUCAACGGGUUCGAUCUUCCCGAAGGCAACGUGACGCAGGAGAACUUUGCUGAGAUGCAGCAGUGGUCCAACGCCUCCGACCCCGUGGCCUACGCCAAGCUCAAGUUCCAGACCUGCGACAUGGACACCUUCCUCUCAGAGGGCGUGGAGGGCACCGGGCUGGCCUUCAUCGUCUUCACCGAGGCCAUCACCAAGAUGCCGGUGGCGCCCCUCUGGUCCGUCCUCUUCUUCAUCAUGCUCUUCUGUCUGGGCCUGUCGUCCAUGUUCGGCAACAUGGAGGGUGUGGUCGUGCCCCUGCAGGACCUCAAAGUCAUCCCCAAGAAGUGGCCCAAGGAGCUGCUUACAGGCCUCAUCUGCUUGGGGACGUACCUCAUCGCCUUCAUUUUCACACUGAACUCCGGCCAGUACUGGCUGUCUCUCCUGGACAGCUACGCGGGCUCCAUCCCCCUGCUCGUCAUCGCCUUCUUCGAGAUGUUCUCCGUGGUCUAUGUGUACGGCGUGGACAGGUUCAACAGGGACAUCGAGUUCAUGAUUGGCCACAAGCCCAACAUCUUCUGGCAGGCCACGUGGAGAGUGGUGAGCCCCCUGCUUAUGCUGGCCAUCUUCCUGUUCUUCUUCGUGAUCGAGGUCAGGGAGGAGCUGACAUACAACAUUUGGGACCCAGCCUAUGAGGAAUUUCCCAAAUCCAAGGAAAUCAAGUACCCAGGCUGGGUGUACGCCGUGGUGGUCCUUGUUGCUGGGGUCCCCUGCCUGGUCAUCCCUGGCUUCGCCAUCUACAAGCUCAUCAGGAACCACUUCCAGAGGCGAGGGGACCAGCGGGCGCUCGUCAGCUCACUGUCCGCAGCCUCAGUGAACGGUGGCCUGUGGUCCUAGGCAGCCCAGCCCGUGGGGUGGGGGUGGUGUCUGAGGAGGGAGUGGGCUGCACGUGUGUGCACAUGUGUGUAUCAUGUGAGGGUGCAUGUGUGGGAGCGUGUACACGUGGGCGUGUGUGUCUGUGUGUAUUGUUCAUGUGAGUGUGCAAGUGUGAGAGGGUAUCUACCGUGUGUGGGCAUGUCCCUGCAUGUGUCUGUGUGCAUAUGUGAGUGUAUGUGUACAUGUGUGGAUGUGUGUAAGCAUGUGUGCAUAACAAGGGACAUCCUCCUGGUGUGGUUACACACGUGUGAGUGUGCACAUGGAUGUGUGUGUGUGUGCAUGUGAGCACAUGUGUGAGCAGGUGUAUACCUGAGCCAGUAUGUGAGUGUAUUUGCACACGUGUGAGUGUGUUCCAGUGUGCAUGCAUCUACGUAUUGUGCAUGUGUGCUCAUGCUUGUGUGUGUGUGCACAGCUGUGUGUGUACAUGUGUGUGCGUGCGUGCCUGAGGCUUUGCUUGCACAUACAUGUGUUGCCUUGCAGCACACCCGAGGGCCUGGGAGCUGAGGGCGGUCCACCUCCACCCGCUCCCAGAGAGUCAGCUGCCGUGGGGUGGGGCCAGCUGCGUGCGCCCCACUCAUCUCGGCCCCUGGGAGCCAGUCUUGGUGCCUGUGCCCUUUCCUCUCAAGGUCCCCUCUGACCUUGGGAUUCUUGUGGUGAGGUCGGGGCUUUCACCCUGUGACCAGGAGCAGCCUUCUAAGGCCCGUCCAGAAGAGGCCAGUGAGCUCGACAGAACUUGGCCAGCCCGGUGGGGCCCCACCCGUCUGACAGAGUCUUGGCCACACCCGGGUGUGAUCUGAAGGCUGAUCUGCUUAAUCCCUGCAAGUGGCUGCCAGCAAUAGAUGAGCAGUUAAAUAAAACUCAGCUCGGGUGACUUAAGGCAGACCCCCUGCCCCCACUUUGUACGUUCUUGAGAGGACAUUAACUGCAUGAAUAUUUAGCCAGAUGUUGGAAAAGACGGGUUGUAGGAUAACUUGGCCUUGGCCACCGAGGUGGAGGACCGCCCGUGCGUCCCGAGCGACGUCAGGGACUGUGAGGGCAGGGGGACUGUCCAGCUGUUGCUGCUCAGUGAAGCCGGCGUCGGCGCCUCCCUCCCGCGGGGGCGGGAUGCCAUGUCCAGCUUCAUCUGAAGUUAUGUGAACUUGGGUGUUUGUUUCCAAGAACCAGUCACCUCCACUUUCCAUGCAAGAAUCUGCAAGUUUAUGUUGAACUGGACUUUCCAAGGAUUCUCCGUGCAGGACCAGGGGGCCGAGUGGUGGGUGGGAGACUCCUGGCCAGCAUCCUUGGCAUCCACCUCCUCUACUCCCAGAGCUGUCUGACCCUGUUGGGAAAACUGCUCAGGACCCCUUAGAUACACCCCGCUCCACUCCACCCCCAGGGUGCGUGGAGGGGAGACACACUCCCGGACGUGACCUGGGCGGGGCUGGACCGUCUUUGUCUCUUGGUGACGGGUUCUUUCACAGAUGUGAUGUUUUGCAAAUUGUUAGAAAUUUGGGUUUUGUGGAUGUCAUGUGUGCCUGUGUGAAUAAAUCACUCUCUUUCA